UUCGUUGAAUACACUUCUGGAACAAUGAGGCGAAAAGCUAAGCAAAAUUCUUCCGCGAAACAUCGAAAUAUUGGACAGAAUCAUGUCGGGGACGAACAACUCGAUGUUGCAAAAGAGAAAACAGGAGAAAAUGGAACUAGAAAUGGUUUGAACAGUCAUGAACAACAGACACAACGUGUUGAUACGUCGUCCGCGUCGAAUGCUGAAAACGUGGUGAAAAUUGAGACACGUAAAUCGUUCUGUCGUGGCCCAUUUCUAGGAAUUUUGAAAGUAGUUGUUUUGAUUAUAAUUAUUCCACCAUUUUUGAAUUAUGCAUCUUUGCAAAGAGAAGCCAUUAGUUUACAAUCACAUGGCAAGAUGCAUGAUGGACCACGUGGAAAGUUGUUUAUGCAUUGUAUGGGUAAAGGCCUGCCUGUGGUAAUGAUGGAUGCACCGGGCGGGUACUCUUCGGAUAUGUGGUCGUUGGUGCAGACACAAGUUGCAAAGUUCACAAAAGUUUGUGUAUAUGACCGCGCUGGUAUUGGGUUCAGUGAAAGAGCUGCACAGCACCUCCAUGACAACCAAAUGAGUAAUAUUACAUCGGAAUCACCCAACUUAAAAUACGAGCAACUGCGACCAACCACUGAGAAUAUGGUGGCUGACAUUCGCUAUUUACUUAAAACCUUGUCAAACAAUACAAAUAACAUUCUCUUAGUUGGUGGAGGAUUAGGCGCUGUAAAUGCAAGAUUUUAUGCAAGAUUUUAUGAAGAUAUCUUUGCAGUGGUUCUGGUAAACCCUUUCCAUGAAAAUAUGUUUAUGGACAAAGAUUGGUUGGGACUUUGGUAUGACCACAUAAUUCCAUCUUUGCAAAUCAAUCAGCUCCUUGCAUUGCUUGGAGUGACACGUUUGGGAAUAAUAACCAGACUUUAUAAACCAAGAAUCCUUGAAAAUGAUAACUUUAAAACUGACGCUAUUGUAAGACUGAAAUAUUUGUGCUGUAAUUCGCAACACCUGAGUGCUGGUAUAAUGGAACAUUACUACACAAAUGAAAGCUUGUCUCAACUAAAGAUCUUGCAGAAACUAAAACCUUUUCCUCAAAAUAUAAGUGUCAACAUAAUAAGCAGCAAGAACUACAGUAAUUUCUUGCCAUGGUCAUUUAAUAAGCUAUGGUAUCAGUACCAGCAGAUGUUGGUGACCAAGUCCUUCCCAAAUAGUGAAAGAAUUAUAGUUGAUAAUGAUUUUAAUACAAUAUACCUUGAUAAUGUCGACAUACUUGUGAAGACAAUUAAAAAACUUGUAGUUAAAUUUAGAAAGUCUGUAAAGGAGUCAGCUAAUAUGUAAAUCAUAAAAUAUGAAAUUAAGAAAGAAAUAGACAUCAG